CAAGGUGUACUGCGCAAUGGUCAAGUCAUAUUUAAAAUUUGAGCACAGCAAGACCUUCGGCCAGAUCUGUACAGCCUCCGCCAAUGUUGUCUGGGAUCCGUCGGGCGGCGACGACUCGACAGCACGAGGUGGUGCAGGUCUAGCAUACGUUGGUGCGAACGAAGAUGUUUUAGUAUGGGAUGUAAAGAAAUCAGAAAGAGUUGGAUUAUGGACUGUUGAAGACAACACUGCGGUGGUCACUGUCAUUUGUCGGAGCGACACUGAUCCGGAUGUCUUUGCAGUUGGUUACGAUGACGGCAAGAUUCGAAUCUGGGACUCUCGGACGGCGACGGCGAUCAUUACAUUCAACGGACACAAGACUGCAGUCACACAGCUGAAAUUUGACAAAUCUGGAGUUCGACUAGCAAGCGGCUCAAGAGAUACGGAUAUCAUCCUCUGGGACCUAGUUGCUGAAGUCGGAUUGUACCGUUUACGAGGCCACAAAGAUCAAAUUACUGCGAUUGUUUUCUUGUCACGUACAACGCCCGGUGGCGACCCAGAAGAUGACGAUGACUCAGACAGCUUCCUCUUAUCCACCAGUAAAGAUGCCCUGAUCAAGGUCUGGGAUCUUUCGACGCAGCACUGCAUUGAAACGCAUGUCACACAAACAAAUGGGGAAUGCUGGGCCAUGGGUCUCAUGAGGGAUGGAGAGGGAUGCAUAACGGCUGGCAAUGAUGGAGAGCUCAAAGUGUGGGCAAUCAAUGAGUCCGCAUUGACACACGAGGUGGGUGCUCAGGGACAAGAGCAACUGAAGAUACUGCAUGAACGUGGUGCAAUUUAUAGACAGGGCCGCGAUCGUCCAGUGGCUGUCAACUUCCACCCUCAGAAAGACCUCAUCGCUAUUCAUGGCUCCGAAAAAGCCAUCGAACUGUUCCGCAUUCGCUCAGAGAAUGAGAUACGCAAGACCCUGGUACGAAAACGUAAGAGGAGGAAGGAAAAGACGGGAACAACAGCAGAUGCUGAAUCUGGCAUCGAUGUGGCAGAUAGCAAGGAAGACGUUGAAGAUAUGUCGACUGUUGCGAUUUCAGACAUAUUUGUUCCGUAUGUUCUCGUACGGACGGGUGGAAAAGUCAGAUCGAUGGACUGGAAUCAUCUACACGGGAGGGCCAUCAGGAUACUUGUUUCCACUUCGAAUAAUCAACUUGAGCUCUUCGACAUCACCGGAUCUGACAAAAAGUCGCAGGAAGCGCCUGAUUAUAGCCGGACACUUUCGGUGGACAUGCCUGGUCAUCGCUCAGAUGUCCGCUGCGUGGCACUGAGUUCUGAUGAUCGAAUGCUUGCAACGGCUUCGCAUGGCAGCCUGAAAAUAUGGAACACCAGGACCCAGAGUUGUCUCCGCACUCUCGAUUGUGGCUAUGCUCUCUGUAUGGCUUUCAUGCCCGGGGACAAAAUUGUUGUAGUUGGGACACGAGAGGGCACGCUGGAGAUCUUCGAUAUCGCUGCCUCGAAUUUACUCGACACUAUCAAUGCCCACGAGCGCGACAUCUGGUCCUUACAAGUCAGCCCCGAUGGCAAGUCGCUUGUCACAGGAUCCGCAGACAAAAGUGCCAAAUUCUGGCAGUUCAAAGUAGUCCAAGAAGAGAUUUUGGGAACGAACCGCAAGAAUGCAAGGUUGACCCUGGUGCAUUCUCGAACGCUGAAGGUGGCCGACGAUAUUCUCAGUGUAUGCUUUUCGCCAGAUGAGCGACUCCUGGCUGUCAGUACUCUGGACAACACGGUCAAGGUAUUCUUCGUGGACAGUCUCAAGCUGUUCUUGACAUUAUAUGGGCAUAAACUACCUGUAUUGAGCAUGGAUAUCAGCUAUGACAGUAAACUCAUCGUCACUUCUAGUGCCGACAAAAAUGUUCGAGUAUGGGGAUUGGAUUUUGGUGAUUGUCACAAGGCUUUCUUCGCACACCAGGACAGCAUUCUGUCCGUUCUCUUUGUUCCCAACAACAACGAUGGUAACGGCCACCACUUCUUCUCCGCAUCGAAAGACAAGACAAUGAAGUACUACGAUGCAGACAAGUUCGAGCAAAUUCAAAAGCUCGAUGGCCAUAAGGGCGAGAUUUGGGCAAUGGCGAUAGCGCAUUCUGGAGAAUUUUUGGUCAGCGCCAGCCAUGACAAGAGUAUCAGAAUCUGGCAGCAGACAGACGAGCAGAUCUUUUUGGAAGAAGAAAGGGAAAAGGAGCUCGAAGAGUUAUACGAGAACACCCUCCUCACCUCCCUUGAGAAAGAUGAGCAGCAGGCGGACGCUGAUAUGGAAGGGGUCGAAGCGACCGCAGCUGGCAAGCAGACUGCUCAAACUCUUAUGGCUGGAGAGAAGAUCGCAGAGGCACUGGAGGUAGGCUUUGAAGAUCUCAAGAUCAUGCAGCAGUACGAGCAAGCGAAACGAGGCAAUCCCAAAACAGCACCACCACCACGAGAUGCUGUUUUCCUGGCCAACAACAACAUCUCUGCAUCUACCUACGUCCUGAACACCUUUCAGAAAGUACCUGCUGCCUCAUUGCAGGAUGCGCUUUUGGUCUUGUCACUUUCACAGCUUCCUGCUCUGUUCACCUUCCUAGGUCUUUGGGCCAAGGAAGGACGAAACAUUCCUUUGACAUGCAGAAUCCUGUUCUUCAUGCUCAAGACUCAUCAAAAGCACAUUGUCAGUAGCCAAGCCCUACGGGAGGCCCUCGAAGAGACACGAGAUAGACUUCGGCAAACACUUCAAAAGCAGAAGCAUGAUCUUGGAUUUAACCUUGCCGGACUGCGAGUGAUGGGUCGCCGGGUCAGGGAGUUGGGAGAAACCGACUAUGUCGACGAGUCAACAUGGCUGGACACGGAAGUGACGGCAACCCGUGGUACUAAAAGAGGCUUCGUUACCGUAGCCUGAAGUCCGUCCUGCUCGCAUCCAACACUGCUCUCGAAUUGCUCUCUUACCGUGUGGGGUUACAGGAAAAUUCAAAACAACAAUAUAUGACAGUCGUGGUCAUGAUGCUUGACCGGGUUCGUAGCUGUUUCAUCCAAAGGGUGACGAAUAGGCGAGCUUGCAACACCGGCUGGGCGGCAAUACCUGACGUACAGGAUCAUCAUCAGCAGUGUUGGCCUGCACUAAUGCACAAGCUGGUCUGUCGAUCUUAUCUGGAAACACAAAGGCAAUGGGGGCGUGCUGAUUAGUCCUAGCCCGCUCACAUAUAAUGGGACAGGACCAUGCCUUCUAGGGCGGACAGACCUUAUCAUGCCCAUCACUGAAGGCCAGCUUGUCUCAAGACAUCCAAUGUCAAGUGGACACUUGCCAACGACCCGACGAAUGUGAGCAAGAUAUGAAUGUUGAAGAUGUACGGCCACCGGGAAGGUUAGCUUUCCGGCUGCUUGCAAGGAGGUAUUGACCAGAGCCGCCCUGCCGUUAUGCACCCAGCACAGUGUACAAGCUGCAGGGGAUCCAAAUCGGCUCUUUCAGGAGAAUCGAACGUGGUUAGUCAGAAAGAUUCGCCCUUUGUCAUUGGCGUUAGAUCUUCCAACAUGUUGGACUAAGAGCCUAUGCAGAACACGUCUCUCCCAAAGAUGUGCUGUCAGAUAGAUCAAGUCUGCGUCUCGCGGUCCCCUAGGAUGAGCUUCCAGGGCUAUUCAAGCGCCUUGUCUCGGUGGACAUCAGUAAUAUCGAUUUUGACGCCGAAAAGGUGUGAUGCACCGCCUCCACUAGGUUUUAUGUUUCGAUGCGAGGACUGGUCUUGUUACAUCAUCUGCGGUACCCAUGGAACAGGUCUUAAUUUAUUCGGCCAGGCCCACGUCAAGCUGUCAGCUGUCAAAUUUGUCAAGACAAUCCGAGGGUGAACAGGGUCAUGGUUCAACGAGAAUUAAUCAAGCUCCGUGCAAUCCUUACCUCCUUUCAGCUCUAGUCAAGCCCAUGAUCUUCCGCCGUUGUAGAUCUGGUGCUCAGACUGCUGAGUCCGCGCCGACCGGUCCAACAUCAUCCUGUUUAUUUACACCGCGUGGCAUAUUGAGAUUAAAUUGACGAGGACAUGAUUGCUGGUGAUGGUUGACAUGCCUUAUGGGAACCAGGACGCGGAUCUUUGGCAAGACUGCUGCGGUCGAAGUUGCUGUUUGCUGCUGUU